GUUCAUACCUCGGGAGCCAUUAUCCGGACUGACAUCCAAGGAUCGACACUAAUCGCGUCGCAUUGAUGGAGGCAAUUCGCGGGGAACAGAAUGACAGGUCUGGUCUAGUCACGGUAGCGCCCCGAACUUCGAGUCCCCCUUUCCAAUUCGUUGUUGGGGGCCAAGUCUGGGGCAGUUGGCAGACAUCACCCCAGACACUUCCUCGCCAUGGCCGCUGGAUAUGCGGGAUCCGAUGGAGCGGGUGUCGUCAAGCACGUCUGCAGGCCUGUCCCGCCUGGCUGGAUUGCCCCUGCAGGAGAGGGUGUGCCUGGAUGGUAUUCAUUUCCCGAUGGCAUGUUGUGGUGGGCUUGGCCACAUCUUGUUCACGGGCAGUAUAAGAUAUCGUCGUAGCUGUCUCAACUCCCGAGCGCCCUUGCUCGUGCUUCCCAAAGUUGGCCAAGCAAGACUGUUCCGGACUCCAUCAUCACGCCCACCAUGGAGACCCCCAAUGAGACCACACUGCCGACCGAAGGCGUCGAGAGGGCGUCCAGCUCGGUCGAGCGCCCGAUGAAGUCACACGCCCUUGACUCCUCGGACGAGGAGGCUAUCGGCUUCGAGAUCGACCUUGACUCGCUACCCAAGGGCUAUUACACGAGCCGCUUCUUUAUCGGCUCCAUGCUCGCGACUGGCAUCGGUCUCUGGGCCGGUGUCUCGGCUUUCGGUUACGCGGCGCCAAUCUUGGGGCAUAUCAACGAAGACAUCGGGCCCGACCCGCGCUACACCUGGAUCUCGCUCGUAUACAACGCCGCGCUGGCCGUCUGCCUGGCCCCGGUCGGCCGUCUGUCGGACAUUUUCGGCCGCCGCUACUGGUUCAUCGGCGGCGGCAUCCUCGCUGUCGCUGGCAGUAUCAUAUGUGCCACUGCGAAAUCCAUCCCUGUGCUCAUCGGCGGCAACGUGCUGCUCGGUGUAGCUAGCGCCACGCAGCUCUCCUUCCACUUUGUCAUGGGCGAGCUUGUCCCUGUCAAGUACCGCUAUAUGGGUAAUGCCUUCCUGUACAUCUUCAGCAUCCCCGGCUCCGGAAUGGGCCCGUCCAUCGCCUACGCCUUCAUCCAGCGCUACCCCUCUGUCGGCUGGCGCGGCAUCUAUUGGCUCCUGCUCGGUGCCAACGGCACCGCCCUUGCUUGCUGGGUGCUCUUCUACUUCCCGCCAUCCUUCAACAAGAAGCACCGUGGCGAGGAGCAGGCGAGCGUGGCCUACUGGGUGCGCAACUUUGAUUAUGUAGGCACGUCGCUGUUCGCCGUCGGCUUCGUCGUCUUCUUGCUUGGCCUCUCCUGGGGUGGCAACGUGUAUCCCUGGAAGUCGGCCGCGACCAUUGCCUCAAUUGUGCUCGGCACCAUCACCCUUAUUGCCUUUGUCCUCUGGGAGAUCUAUGCUCCGAUCAAGGAGCCGCUAGUACCGAUGCAUCUGUUCAAAAACGUGGAGUGGGUGGCUGCUGUGAUACUUCUCGGCCUCGGCGCCGGUGUCUAUUACGCAUUUGCCAUCAUCUGGCCCAUGCAGGUCACCGUGCUAUACGGCGACGGCAAGAGCCUCGACUACAUCGGCGCGGUCUCCAACAUCAUCGGCCUGGGCAUGAUCGGCGGCCAGAUCACCGGCGGCGCCCUCGCGAAGAAGAUCGGCAAGACGCGAUACCAGGUGAUGGGCGCCUUUGCCGUCGGGGCCAUCUUCCUCGCCUGCGCCGCAGUUGCCACGCCGGACAACAAGAACACGGCAAUCGCGCUCAUCUUUCUCGGCUGCUUCUGGAUCGGAUGGAACGAGUCCGUCUGCCUGUCCAACUCGACCAUCUGCGUGCACGACCAGCGCGAUAUCGGUAUCGCCGGCGGCAUGGCCGGCUCCAUCCGCGCCGCCAUCUGCGCCGUCCUGGUCGCCAUCUACUCGUCCAUCCUGACGAACCGUCUCACCACCACCAUCAGCACCGACGUGCCGGCCGCCCUGGUCGGCGCCGGACUGCCGGCCUCCAGCGUCGCCGACUUCAUCGCCGCCAUCUCCGCCGGCACCGCCGACGCCUUCGCCGCCGUCCCGGGCAUCUCAGACGCCAUCGUCGCCGUCGGCCUGCACGCCUACAAGGUCGCGAACGCGGACGCCUACCGCACCGUCUACCUGAGCACCAUCGCCUUCAGCGGGGUCGCCCUCGCCAUGAGCUGGUAUGCGCCCAAUACCGAGAGCCUCAUGACCGAGAACGUGGCUGCGACGCUGCAUAACGAGGAGACUUUGGAGGAGAAGGAAAUGAAGCCUGUAUAAGAGGAAAGCGAAAGAGGUGGGGGGGAAGCGCGUGGGGAAGUGCGUUGAAAUCGCCGACACUGAGGACCAAAUUUGUCCCAAGAUCUGCCUAUUGUCAUUCCAUGUCUUUCUAGGUAAUGCAGGUCCAGUGAAUAAUAUU